UCAGGCUGCUGCCCCGUAGGCAGAUUACCUCCCAGACCUCCCUUGCCCUGAGCGGUGAGCUGAUUGGCAUGGUGGCCCGGGAAGCUCCUGAGUCUGCCCAGUGCCUGUGCCCUUCCCUGGCCAGCCUGAACGCCAAGGAUGUGCUUCGGAGGAGACACGAGAGGAGGAGCCGACAGCACCCGCGGUUCAUGGCCCGGAAGGCCUUGCUGCAGGAGCAUGGGUUGCGGAGCACACCCCCAGAGCCAGGAUCCCCCCCCCCAGGCACCGAAGCCGCCAGCAGCGUGAGGCAGCGUCCAAGGGCUGAAUCUGGAGGUGCCCCAUGCCGCAGAAAGCCCACCCCCGGAGAAUCUGCUCGGCCCUUGCCCAGCAAGUGCGUGGCUAUCGACUGUGAGAUGGUGGGCACGGGACCCCGAGGGCGGGUGAGUGAGCUGGCCCGCUGCUCCGUGGUGAGUUACCACGGCGAGGUCCUCUACGACAAGUACAUCCAGCCUGAGAUGCCCAUCGUGGACGACCGCACUCGCUGGAGCGGCGUCACCAGGCAGCACAUGCGCAAGGCCAUCCCCCUCCAGGUGGCCCAGAAAGAGAUCCUCAGGCUCCUGAAGGGCAAGGCGUUGGUGGGGCACGCCCUGCACGAUGACUUCCAGGCCCUCAAGUACAUCCACCCUCGGGGCCAGACCCGGGACACCACUUACGUCCAGCCCAGCCUCCACGCCCGGACCCGCGUCUCUCUCAAGGACCUGGCCCUGCAGCUGCUGCACAAGACAAUCCAGGCGGGCCAGCACGGGCACUCGUCGGUGGAAGACGCCGUGACGACCAUGGAGCUCUACCGGCUGGUGGAGGUGCAGUGGGAACAGGAGGCCAGCAGCCUCCAACCCCACCCUGAGGACAGAGAGCCCGACAGCGGCACAGACACGGAGCAGUAUAUGGGGGACCCGGCCCAGGCGCUAGGCUCUCUUAAGCAAAAGUCUGAGAAACAAGACAGCGGUUUGAAUUCUGGGAGCCCUGUGCAGAAUUGCCCACAGGGAUCUUUAUUUAUUGAGAGCAAGGCCACGGGUCUGUAGGGGAGCAGAGGGCGGGUCCACUGGGGCCGGGCCGGGCAUUGACAGCUGCGCAGCUGUUGCACUCAGGUGGGUGCCCCCAAUCGCUGUGGUGGUUGGGUUUUCUCCAAAUAUCUAAAAAUGUUCUGUGUCGGGAUUCAUCCCCUACCCCUCUUUCCUUGUUUCCUAAGGGGCAGUUUGGGGGUAUUGGGGUAACCCGGAGCUCAGGUCACACAGAACCUUUGAGUCCCAUCUUUGCUCACCACUCAAUAGCUUUGAGACUUAGGCAAGUGUGUGACUUCACUCUUGAGUCUGUUCCCUCAUCUGUAAAAUGGGGAUAAUGACACCACUUACCUCACAGUGUUGUUAGGAGGAUAAAGUGCUGAGUGCUUGGCCCGGUGCCUGGCGCCUAGUAAGCCGAGGUCAGUGCGAGCGGCUGUGUUUUAAGGAUCAGUGUUGGGCUUUCUGGGUAACACCUGAACACACCCUCGGGUUGAGUGGCUUUGACCCAGACAGGACUGUCCUCGUGGCUGUUCCAGCAGGUGGGGCACAGGCCGCUGAGGACAACUCAGAGGUUCCGGGCUCUCACCGUUCCCCGUGAUGCGUGGAUUUCACGUCAGUCUGAGCAAAGCAGCAGGGCCAGGAAGGGAGAGACACUGAAACCACGCAACUGCAAAAGCAGGGCCGCAGAUUGUUCUGGGAGCUGGCUGAGUCACUGACCACGCCUGGCCUGGCUCCAGGACUUUGU